AUGCAGUUCUUCUACUUCAACCCUCUCGCCUGCCUUGGAUCUCACAGCUCUGCAGAGAAGGAGACUUCCCUCCGCGAUCUUUGCAAAGGCCUCCCCCAAGAGUUCAUCACGGACCUCACCUACUGCCGCUCACUUGAAUACACCCAGCAGCCCGACUAUGACCAUUGCCGCCGGCCUUUUCGACAAGUGUUCGAGAGGGAAGGGUUCAAGGAUGAUGGAGUGUACGACUGGAUGGCCGCACCGAGUCCUGGGGCAUCCGAAAAGCCGAUCGACCAACCUUCCUCCGGUGAUAUCCAGAAGAGCGAGCAGUCUGAAGAGAGCUGUUUGUCGGCUGUUUCGGGCGAUGGCACUACUGUUGAACAUUCUCUUAUCAGCCAGCCCGAGACGAAUGAAGCAGGUCCUUACCAGCGUUUGGGUUUGAAAGCUCGCCAGGUACUCGAGACAAUCCAUUUUUGGCAGCUCAACAUCGUUCUUCGCGCUUCAGCUCCAAUCUGA